GACUGACUGGUUUCUGCAUUUUGUGGUACUUGACUUCAUUUUAAAGGUCUGUUGUGAAAUAUUACGAGUAUUUUUUUCCGUAUUUUUUUGUAUAUUGGGGAAAAAGACAACGAUGUUGCGACCGAAAGCGUUGACGCAGGUCCUGAGCCAGGCGAACACCAACGGAGUCCAGAGCACCCUUCUGCUGAAUAACGAAGGUUCCCUCCUGGCGUACUCCGGUUACGGAGACACUGACGCUCGAGUGACUGCCGCCAUUGCCAGCAACAUCUGGGCAGCCUAUGACAAGAACGGCCACCAAGCCUUCAACGAAGACAAGCUCAAAUUCAUUCUAAUGGACUGUAUGGAGGGACGAGUGGCCAUCACGCAGGUAGCCAACCUGCUGCUGUGUAUGUACGCCAAAGAGACUGUGGGCUUUGGGAUGCUUAAAGCCAAGGCGGAGGCUCUGGUGCAGUAUCUGGAGGAACCAUUAACUCAAGUGGCUGCAUCGUCGUAAAGAUCCGACCGAAGCUCGAGAUUUUGCUUCUGUUUGCCUGGAACGACAACAGAAACUGCCUGAUCCAGGUCUUUCAUGGACUACUGUAACCCUGACGCUUCACUAAGUACACGACCCAUCCUGCCUCAGGUGUGUGCACUUCUGGAGGUACCAGCUGCUUUGAUGUAAACAGUCAGGAGGGCGUCGUCUGUUCGCCUGCUGAGAAAAGAAUCAGCGAUGUUGUUUAAAGCAAAACUGAACAUUUUUCAGGAGCCAAAGGUGACGUGGAAACUUUUAUAAGAUAGUGUCUGAAAACUGCAGUUAAGAAUAUUCACCUGUGCUUUAUUUCAAACGUGUUGAAUAAACAAGAUUCUGG